UCCGUGUUGUGGUGGGGUUUGGUGCUUCCUGCUCCCUGUCAAUCAGGCUUGGUGCCCUGGGGCUGGGGGUGUGCUGGGCCCUUGCCCUGUCCCCAGUUCAGCAGCCACUGGCGCACUUGUCAGGGAACUGGCCAGCAGUGUGAGCUUUCUGUCAGAUCCGUGCUCGAACCAUCGCUGUGGAGCAGCUCAGCUCUGCAGAUGUAAUCAAGACCACGAUGGCGUGAUCUAAUCGCUUCCACUUCCUUCUUCCUAGGGCUGAUAAGCGGGACACUGCUCAUGUGCUGGACAGGAGAGCAGCCCACUGGGGCAGGCAUGGAGAACAUUGCAGGGUGUGCACCCGCAGCUGCUCAUCGCCGUGCCGGGCAGAGCCCAUGCCAGGCACAUGGCUGCUGCUGCUGUUCCUCAGCCGUUGUGUCCGAGUCCAGCCAAGCCCUGGGGCUCAUGGUGGACAGGCUGGACUGGCCAGUCAGGGUCUGCCAAGUGACACCAUGCUCACAGCUGUGCUCUGCCUCACACACUCCAGCCCAUCCAAAGCUCCCUUCCCACCACAGAUCAGGGUGGUGGGCCAUGCCCACGGCUGCGCUGCACUGCCUGCCCCGGGCAGCCCGGUUCUGCCCAGUCCUCCCUGACCCCGGCACAGCCUCUGGCUCCUGCUCUGCUCCUGAGGGUUUUAGGUCUGCGCUCCCCAGUUUUGGGGAAGAGGGGAUACCACUCCUGCACACCUGAGGAUGACACCAUGGCCCCGCUGGGUGAGGCUGAGCGGACUGACACCCUCUGGGGCCAUGCGGGGUGCCUGUUUGCAGCCCUGUGGCGCUGCCCUGACACACCCGCCAUGGCGGCGCCGCUGCCCGCCACACCCACCAUGGUGGCUCCGCGCCGUCCCCCAAGAUGGCCGCCCUGCCCGGCCGCGCGCCCGUGACCAAGAUGGCCGCCGGGGAGCGCCGCGCGCCGCGCGCAACAUGGCGGCCUCCUGGGCGAGUCGGGACGUCACCUCCGGUGCCGCGAUGGGCGAAGAGAUGGCCGAGGGCCACCCGGGGGUGGCGGCGACGCUGCGGGCGCUGAACGGGGCCCUGGGGCGGCCCGCCGCGCUCUGGGUGAAGGAGAGCGGCGCCCGCAACCUGCGCCACCGGGAUUUCCUGGCGCCGCGGGCCGCGCUGAGCGCCGCCUUUCCCGGCGGGCAGGUGCCCCCCGAGGCCGUGUCGGCGGUGCUGUCGCUGCGGGGCCCGGCGGUGCUGCCGCUGCGGGUGUGCCGGCAGACGCCGGCGGGGCUGGCGGUGCAGGUGCGGCGCCCCGAGGCCUUCCAGCGCCUGCUGGGGCCGCUGCCCGGCCCGGCCCCUCCCGCGGCGGGGGCGCGGGCGGGCUGCGUGGUGCUGCACUGCCCGGCCCUGCGCGGCCCCGGCGCCCCGCGGCCCCGCCACCUGCGCUCCGUCCUGCUGGCCGACCACCUGGCCCAGCUGCUGCGCGCCCAGGGGGUCCACGUCCGCCUGGUCCCUGCGCUCAGCGAGGAGGCGAGCUGGGACGUCCUGCGGCAACUCCGCAUCUCCUGGCCCUCCGGCUCCGCUGGCUCGUCCCUCACUGAUGCCAUCUCGGCCUUGAAGGCGGUGCUGGGCCGGUGCCCCUGUGCCGCAGCCUGUGAGCAGGGGCCGGGCACAGCCGAGGGUGUCAUCUGUAAGGUGCACCUGAAGAGCUUCGUGGAGCAGCAGGGCUUGUUGGGCUACGACCCCAAUCUAGAUGUGCUUCUCGUGACAGAGAGGACACUGCGGUCCUUGGCUGAGCUGCAGGAAGCUGUUCUGCAGUGCCCAGCCAAAGGCCAGAGCAGUUGCUGCAGCAUUGUGCACGUGGUGAACUGUGAGGAGGAAUUCCAGCAGCAGCAGCUGGAUGUGCUCUGGAGGAUUUUGGAUCAAGGAGCCCACACAGCUUUGCAGAAACACCUUGUCUGUGGGCCAGUGAAGGUGACCAACCCCUCAUCACCCAUUGGGGCAGACCAGUACUUCCAGCUCCGGAAGCACCAGAUGUAUGAAGCCUCCGUGAUAAAGUAUGGGGAGCUUGCACAAGACGAGGCCUGGACAGAGGUGAUUGAUACCCUGACAGUGGCUGCCAUCAGGUUUGAGAUGCUGAGCACUGCUCACCGGAGUCAGAUCACCCUGGACCUGGAGAACAACAGCAUCUCCACAAAGGGAACAAAGAGUGGUGCCUUUGUGAUGUACAACUGUGCACGACUGGCCACGCUCUUCAACACCUUCCAGCGGGCUGUGGAGCGGGGCACAUACCCACCUCUGCCACCAGUGUCUGAACUGAACUUCUCCUGCCUCCGAGAAGAGGGUGAAUGGCUCCUGCUCUUCAACUAUCUCCUGCCCUUCCCUGAAGUCCUGCAGCAGGCAGCACAGCUGCCCAUGUCCUCCAAGGGGAUCCGGAUCACUGCCAACACAGAGGCAGUGUGCAAGUUCCUGAUCCAGCUCAGCAUGGAUUUCAGUUCCUACUACAACCGGGUGCACAUCCUUGGGGAGCCGGUCCCUCAUCUCUUUGACCAGAUGUUUGCUCGCCUCCAGCUGCUGGGAGCAGUGAGGGAUGUGUUCCACAGCGCACUGGCAACCCUACACCUCCCUCCCCUCAGCCAGAUCUAAGCCACCCCUGAAGAGCUGUACCAUGGUGUGACAGUCACCUACACACCACACGUUGCGGGGGCAGAACAGGGGACACUGUCCUGGCCAGACAGGGGCUGCUCUGGUGGCAGGCAAGGCACAAUUCAGCCCCAUGGAGGUGCUUCCCUUCCCAUGGUCCAUGGUGUUUGGGGAUUGGUCUGUGCUCUGUGUAGCUGUGUCCAGUGUGGGACAUGGAUAGCUCUUCACAUCCACACCAGCAGAAGGGAGAAGGGCUCCUGUGGCACCCCAGAAGCUGAGCUGGGAGUGCUGGGGAAGUGGCAGCAGGGACCAGUCACCACAAAGACAAAUGCCAACUUCACUUCUCUCAAAACUUUAUUGAAAGGUGCUCCGUGCUGGCAGGGAGCUCCUGAGGCUCCAGACUCCUGCUGGGCUCUGAGCCAGGCCCCAGUACUGGGGUCCAAUACACUUGUUGCUGGACAAACCCUC